AUGACUCAUACAGCCGAGAUCAAGGAGGCAUUUGAUAAAGAUCUCAGCAAGGUCAUCAAAGGGGUGCCAUACCAGGACAAACUCAUUGUCCUUGGAGACUUUAAUGCUCCUGGCUUCUCAGCCAUCCAUCUAGCAGCUCUAUACGGCCGGCUGGAGUGCCUGAAACUGAUAGUCGAAAAGUUUGAGGUUGAUGUGAACUUGGCCAGUCUGACAGGAUGGACACCCAUUCACCUGGUGAUGAACAAGGAGAGUGGCCCCAGGGCACUGGAGUGUUUGCAGUACCUCAUUGGAAAGGGGGCAGACAUCAAUGUUCAGAACCAGGGCGGAACGUCGCCACUUCACAAGGCAGCCAGUGAAGGACGCCUCGACUGCAUCAUUGAACUGGUUGAGGCUGGAGCUGAUGUCCACGCCAAGGACGCAGAGGGGCAGCAGCCCAUUGACCUCUGCAGGAUAUGGGCCCACAGGAGCUGCGCUAGGUACCUGAAUGAUGCCAUGUGGAAAACAGACAAGCGCAAUUUUGCUCGUGAAAUGCACAAGCUGAAUCAAAUCAAAAGUGAAUGUCAGCACUCGGGAACAAAACUUCCUGAAGAUAGAGAAGGUGGGUUCGUGCUCAGCGCGGCUGAGCUGUCUCUCCACCACCGCUCCUUGUGCGAGCUUGAUGAGAGCUACCGAGAGAGCGUGCACGCCCCUCGCUCGCCGGGUGGGCUUCUCCUGAGGCCCCAGAGGGAGCAGGACUUGUUGAAUGCAGUGGCAUUCUCUAACUGGCUUGCAACGAAGCAGCAACAGGGGUUGCCUGACUCUGCUAAACGGUGGCAUUUUCCGGAGGACAGAGCGAAGCUGGAUGCUGUCCCCAAGAAGGAAGUGGCUAAAAUACCUCCUGGAGAAAAAAAAACCAGCAUGCACACCAAGCGGAGGGCUAAGAUUAAAGGGGAACCUCGUUUAUCUGCCACUGCUCAGCCCCGCACUGGGAAAUCACAGAGAGCUUGGAAUGCCAGCGUCAAUCCAUCCUCCCCUCAGGUGACAGACAUAUUCCGACCUACAACAGUCCGGCUGGGCACCAACCCCGAGGCCUGUGGGGAUCAUGACUUCAGCUCCUUCUUGUUUCUCUCCAAGGACUCGCGCGGACAGCCGGUGAUCAACAUGGCUUACAAAGGCAGACUCUCCCCCGUCCCCAACCUGCCCUAUGAAGUGAUCGAGAAAAGCCUGUAUCCCCACGCUCGGCCCCUCAGAUUAAAGAUGCCGCAAGAAUUUAAACCCACACACAUCUUCGAUGUGACAAGGAAGCGCCGCCCAAGCCUGGAGCACAGGUGGACGGACGAAAUGGCUGUGAGCUUGCGGGAAACUCUGGACCCAGCACUCAGAGCUAUGCUAAAGGCUCACCUCUCUGCAAUCAACGACAGCAGUUAG